AUGGCUAAACUCCAAGAACAUAACAACCUUCUCUCGUCCAAAGUAGAUGAAACCCAGCAGUUGCUCAAUCAGCAACAUAUGCAAAAUAUCCAAACCACUCAAUCUUCCCAGAGCCUGCAGACUCCCAGUCGUAAGAAGAAGGGUAAGAAGGUAGCAAAGGCAAUGCUCACUCCCUCCAAGCAGUUAGUAGUUCCGGCACCUAGGAAUCAACCACACUCACCGAAAAAGGUUUACUCCGAUUGUCGCCGUCGGCUUAAUGACAAGGAGGUUGAAAGGCAGAGGUCUCCAAUCAGGAUCAAUGCAAGGUUGAGAGACUCACGGAUUAGGGUUCUGGGAAGCAUGUCACCCAUUCGGAAGGUACGGGGUUUGGAAUCGGAAGUAGAAUCCGACGACGAGUACGUCCCUUCCAAAACCACAAAAUCAACCUACUGUUUGGCAACUCCCACUCUAAGGCAAGGCCUUCAAGUCCACGGAGAACUUCUGAAGACUAUGGUUCUGAGGAGGUUCCAAGCCAAGACCCCGCUAUUCAUCUACUCUUCCAGAGGAUUCAGAAGAUGA